CACAAAUCGAACCAACACGCACGCUACACGCCGCAAUCACGCUGCAGUCGACGUGCAGGAGCCUCGCAUAGGUGCUGCAUCGGCUGCGGAGACAACUGGAGAAGUUCUGUGCUCUGUGCCAUCGAUUACAGGGGCACACAGCUGGCAGGAUGCAGCUAGCACUCCUCGCAGCGCUACCGACAGCUGUCACAGCACUGCAGCCUCUCAAUGGCAUAGGAGUCAAACCACUCGGCGGCGCCGCAUCGAUCGACGUGGGCGCAUUGCUCGACAAGAAGGCAGCCGUGAUCUUCGGCACGUAUGCUGCGGACUUUAACGCCAUCGAGUACGGCCAGCGGCUGCGGCACUACGCCCCAAAGCUGAAGGAGCGGGGCGUCGAGUCACUGCAUCUCAUCCUGAACGCCGACGAGGCGGCUUCGGAGAAGUUUGUGGAGCUGCUCGGUCUGGAGGGCGUCUGCGACGUGUACUGCGAUCCGAAUGGCGCCGCGGGCCGCGCGUUCGGCUGCGGCCGCGGCUGGCUGCCGGACGAAGAUAGUCUCUUCGACGGUCAGAUCCCGAUAAACGCCUACGGCAAGCUCUUCGGCAUGCUCCUCGGUCUCGGAGCUUGGGCUACAUUACCAGCAGUCAUCGGCGGCUACAUCGGCAACCCCUGGAGGGCCCAGCCCUGGAUCGCGGACGCGAUGGCCCAGGGGUCGGCGCAGGGCCGGUGGCCGGGCACGGGGCUGGUGGUUGAGACGGGUCGCGGCUCCGGAUACGCCUUCGACGAGCUGCCCGUCGUCGGCGACUGGGGCCGGCGGCCGCUCGAGCUCGCGACGCUGCGCCUGCAGAACAUGAUCGGCGUCUCGUUACAGAACUGGGACGCGUUGAGGCCGCGGGACGACCAGCUCGCCGUGCUCACGCAGCUCGGGGGCCUGGCCAUCGGCGACGGCGCGGGCGGGCUUCUGUACGAGUGGAAGGACCCGGGCAUCUGCGCCGUGUGCAACUUCGAGGACGCCCUCGACGCGCUUGACGGGAAGACUGUGUAAAC